AUGAUUAGCAAACAGAUUCAUUUAUUGAUAUUUCAAGUUAUUUUUGGAUAUAGGACCUAUUUUAAGUAUGUAUAUGAUUUUGCUGAACCGGUUACAUGUCCACUAUAUCAUAUACAUUCACCAGGAAUGCACCCUCAUCCUUGCGUUGGCUAAUACGAUAUCUGUUAAUUGGUCUAAGAAAUAAAAGUGAUCAUAAUUAAUCAACAUGAAGUCCUAUGCCAUCCGAGAUUUCAAUUGUCUGAUUAGACAUCAGUAAUUUUUGAUUAUUCUGAAAACACAGAUUUUGUGAUUUCGAGUUAAGUUAUUCCAAACCAUCAGAAGAAAUGUAUCUUAGCUCAAAAGGCUGGAGACAUUCUAAAGUGUUAAUUCUGUUUUUUUCAAACAUAUGGUGAAUAUUGUCAACUACCAAAUCCCUGUGGAAUUAGGUGUGCAAGUUGUCCUUAGAAUUUAUGCGAAACAUGCUAGGAAGGAUUUUCUCCUUCAGAUAGCAAUGAUUUAAUAUGUACUUUAACCUGUCAAGCUAAACAUAAAUAGUGUACUAUUGUUAAUAGUAUAUAUGCAUUUGAAGGAUGUAAGCAAGGUUAUGAGUUAGUUGAUAAUGAAUGUGUAGCAUGCCCUAAUAAAUGUAUUACUUGUGUUAUGGGUAUUUGUACUGCAUGCGAAUUUUAAUAUCAUUUAAAAGACAAUUAAUGUUUUGGAGACAUUAACUGCACUAAAGUGGCUUAUAUUUUAGAUCCUAAUACUGGACUAGCCGUUGGGAUGACUUGUGAAAUUUGUGACUUUGGAUACUUUUAUAAUCAAAACCAACAGAAAUGCACUUAAUGUAAAGAUGAGCCUGGCUUGGAAAAUUGUUUCAUUUGUUUUAACGCGACGGAAUGCAAAAUUUGCAAAGGAACACACGUAAUAACCGAAGAUAAGAAAUGCAUACCAUUUAUUGGCUGCUCACCAAAGUGUAAAACUUGUCUUUAUACUGAUCCUAAUUAUUGUACAACUUGCUACUUUGAAAGAUGUGAAGGCUCUGCUAUUGAUCCAGGAAAAUGUCUUUGUGAUUCUUAAAAUGGUUGUGUAAAGAAGGAUGAUGGAUGUGCAAAAUGUUUAUAUGGGUAAUGCUAAACUUGCGGUCAGGAUUAUUAUCAUUGCACAUCUUGUAAACCAAAUACAAAUAGAGAGCUUGUUGAUUCUUUAUGCAUUUGUAAAUAAGGAUAUUUUGAGACUGGUAAUGCUGAUCUGAUAUGCUUAAGUAUUUAUUAACUUGAAUUAGAAUGCCAUGUUAAUUGUUAUAAUUGUAAAGGAAUUUUUGAAGAUGAUUGUACUGAAUGUGGUGAUCCUAGCAUUUAUUAUAAAUACUUUUAAAAUGGAAAAUGUUUUUGCAUUUAAAGAACGAUAUUGUAAAUUCAAUCAGAUGGUAAUAGCAUUUGUAAACCCUGUCAUCCUAAAUGUGAGAAAUGUUAUCAGCCCUAUGACAAUACAACAAAUCAAUAUUGUACUUUGUGUAUUGAAGGUCAACAGAGAGUUGUAUCUAAUGAUUUUCAAUGCGUUUGUUAAGAUGGAUAUGGAGAGGAUGGAAUCUCAGAUGUUUGCUUUAAGUGUCAUUAUUCAUGUUUGAGUUGUAAAGGACUUCUUUAAACUGAUUGUAUUUCAUGUUCCACAGUUGCCCAUCGACAUUUGGUACUAAAUUAGAUAUGCCUCUGCAACUAAGGUUAUAAUGACUCUGGUUUCGAGGAUCCAUAAUGUUAUUCGGCUUGUCAUCAUUCUUGUGAUAAUUGUACUGUUUAGGGUUAGGAUUAAUGUACUUCCUGUCCAUCCACAAGACAUCCUGAUAGAGUUGGAACAACUUUCUAAUGUCUAUGCAAUGAUUCAAACUAUUAUAGCGACCCAAAAUUUUUAGAAUGUUAGCAAUGCCACCUGACAUGCAAAACUUGUAAUGGCACUCAUUAAACUAAUUGUCUAAGUUGUGAUACUACUUAUAGAUAAUUGAUUCUAUCAAAAUGUGAUUGUUACCCUGGUUAUUAUAGCACAGGCAUACUUUAAUGUUCAUAAUGCCAUUAUACAUGUCUUACAUGUUAUUCUAAGGAAGAAGAUGCUUGUAUCGCUUGCUCAGCAGCUUAAAAUAGAUUCAUGAAAGCAAACAAAUGCAUUUGCAUGAAUAACACAAUGGAAGUUUCAAAUACAGAUGCUAUGUGUGCAAAAUGCUCUUAUCGUUGUUCAUCUUGUAAUAUAGCAGUUGAUUAUUGCUUAACAUGUCCAGAUUAAUCAUAACGUGAUUUAGGAAUUGAUAACACUUGUUUUUGCCCAGCUUAUUAUUAUGAUGAACCUGGAAACCCUCUAUGCAUAAAGUGCUAUAUUAACUGUUAUGACUGUAAAGGGCCAUAAAAUAAUUAAUGCACGGCUUGUAACCCUCUCAGCAAAAGAGAAUUAAGCACAAAUGGAGAAUGUAUCUGUAUGAGUAAAUACUAUGAUACAGGAAUAUAAGAAUGUUCAAGUAUAUACUUAUCAUAAUAUUAAUAGGCUUGCAGCACUGAGUGCUUAGGUUGCAUUACUACUCCCACAAAUUGUAUUUCUUGCAACCCAGGUAAAUAUUUGCUUGGAAACAUUUGUUUAUGCAAAACAAAACUGUAGGGAAACUAAGUUACUACAUAUUUUGAUCCAUCAAAAAAUAGAUGUCAAAGUUGUCAUUAUAGCUGUCUUUCCUGCAGUGGUCCAUUAGUAAAUUAAUGUUUAUCUUGUUUGAUAUCAGAAUCAAGAAUUUUGAUUGGUACAAAUUGCGUAUGUAUAGAAAAUUACUUUGAUACUGGUUUUCCUAAUUGUAUAAAAUGUAAUUCUCAAUGUAAUGGAUGUCUAACCUUACCUACUCUGUGUAAAUCUUGCCCAUUAUCAAGCCUAAGAAUUUAUAACCCUUAAAACUAUUCUUGUAAUUGCCCGAAUUCAUAUUAUGAUGCUGUAGACAAUCCUAUCUGCUAAGAAUGCGAUUAUACUUGUUAAACGUGUAAAACGCUCUCAAAUAGAUGUGAAUCUUGUUAAGUAAACUCAUAUAGAACUUACAAUUCUUUAUUAUUUUCUUGCAAUUGUGAUGUUCAUUAUUAUGAUUCAGGAGUUCCGAUUUGUCAAUAAUGCCAUUAUUCUUGUUUACUAUGUAAUGCUUAUGGGGCAAAUUAAUGUAUUAGCUGCUAACCUUAAGUAUCAUCUUUUAGAACAUUAAAUGGAAAAGUUUGCGAAUGUCUUCUUGGAUAUUACGAUAAUGGAUUUUCUUAAAGUUGUUAAUAAUGCAGUUAUACAUGUUUAAGUUGCAUUAAUUCUUCAACUUAUUGCACAUCUUGCGAGUACACUAGACAUUUAGAUUAAAAUCUAUGUCCUUGCAAUACUGGCUAUUUUGAAAAAGGGUUAAGCAAUUGUAGUAAAUGUGAUUCAAACUGUUAUAAUUGCAAAUUCAAUUCAAAAUAUUGCACAGAAUGCGAUAAAAACAUCUUUAGAUAAUUGAACACUAACACGAAUACAUGUUAAUGUUAAUCAGGUACUUUUGAAAUAAAUGAAUAAUGUAAGAUAUGUAAUGAGAACUGUUUGGAAUGUUCAAUUACUCCUACAAAUUGUACCUCUUGUGGGUUAUCAAAAAUCCUCAUUAAUUCUUAAUGUAUAUGUAUUGAUGGAACAUAUUUGUCGAAUGUAAAUAGUAAAUGUUAUAUAUGUAAUUUUACAUGUGCAACUUGUGUUGGUGUAGACUCAUUUUGUUUGACUUGUUUCUCAGAUUAAAAUAGGAUUAUAGAUAUUACAAAUCACACUUGUAAUUGCAAAUUUGGAUAUUAUGAAGAUCCUGUUAGGAUCUCCUGUAUUUAAUGUGACCAAACAUGUUUAGCUUGUUUUGGCGUUGCUUCAUAUUGUACUUAAUGUGAUUCAAACCUAAAUUUAACACUCAAUUAUUAAAAUCGAUGUGUUUGUAAAUCAGGGCAUUUCUUUAAUAUUAUUUCUAAAUAAUGUGAAAUUUGCAAUUUUACUUGUAUGGAAUGUUUAAGUUAAACAUAGUGUUUGACUUGUGAAUAAAUCACUAGAUAUCUUGAUAAUGAAACAUAAAAAUGUACAUGCAAGGAUGGUUUUUAUGAAGUUAAUCAAAAAUAAUGUUUAUAAUGUCAUAGUAGUUGCAAAACAUGUUAGAUUUAAUCAAAUUAAUGUCUAUCUUGUGAACCAUCAAAUUUUAGAUCUUUUCAUUUGAAUACUUGCUAAUGUCUGAACGGGUACUAUGAAGUUGGGAUAGAAAUGUGUUAAAAAUGCAGCCAAAUUUGUUUAACUUGCUAAACAAAUUCGACUAAAUGCUAUUCGUGUUACCCAAAUCAUCUUCGUGUUUUAAAUCAAAAUUCCUGUACUUGUAUUCCUGGAUAUUAUGAUAAUGGCUAAUUAAUUUGUGAAAAAUGCUCAAAUUCUUGUAAAACUUGUAAAAGUUAGAGAGAUUAUUGUACUAGUUGCGAUGUAGAUUAAAGUAGAUUAGAUUAAUCUAUUAUUCAUAAAUGUCCAUGUAUUUCUAAUUUUUAUUAGGAUACUAAUGGAACUUGCUAAAAAUGCCAUAUAAAAUGUUCUGGAUGUGUAAAUGAAAGAAAUAAUUGUGUUAGUUGCAAAUAUGUUUAAGGUUCAAACAGAUUAACCAUUUCAAAUCAAUGUAAUUGUAAAGAUGGAUAUUAUGAUGAUGAUAUCCAAAUCAUAUGUAAAAAAUGUAAUACUCGUUGUAUAACUUGUGAAAACGAUCCAAAUAAUUGUCUUAAAUGUUAAAGUAAUCUAAGAAUAGAUCCUCCUGAUUGUCACUGUAUGAAUGGUUACUUUGAAACUGAUUAACUAAAUUGUGAACCUUGUGAAAUUUAAUGCGAUACUUGUUAAACUCGAGCCUCAAAUUGUGUAACAUGUAAAUAAGGCCGUUUAAACAAAACAUGUGAUUGCGAGGAUGGAUAUUUUGAAGGUGGUCAACCUGAAUGCAUCAUUUGCGACUUUUAAUGUUAAACAUGUGCCAUUUAUUCGUCCAAUUGUUUAGCAUGUAAAGGGGAUCGAUUUGAAAUUCCAUUUUGUCGAUGUUAGGAUGGAUAUUUUGACGAUUUUGAGAGUUUAAAUUGCUUGAAAUGUGAUUACACUUGUAAAACAUGUACUUUGAAUGAAUGCUUAUAAUGCAACGGCAAUAGAAUCUUAUCUGAUCAAAUGACUUGUGAACCUCCUGAAAAUUCUGUUAGUUCAUUAUUAACUCCAUGGUGUUCAAAUUGCGAAGUAGCUGUGGUAAAAAUUCAAUUAUCAGAUGAUCUGACAACAAUAAUUAUCCAUUUUGAUUUCCCCUUAAAUCCAAAUUUCUUUUCAAAUUACCUUGAAAGCAAUACUUGUUUCAUUAUCUUGAAUUAAACAACUCUGACCAAAUUAGGAAUGAAUCCUCAAUGCAAUAUAGAUCCUGUAAAUGAUAAAUAAUUACUUUUAUAUGUUGGUCAAAACCCUACUAUUCUUCCAGGAGAUACAAUUUAUUUCAUGUAAAAUUCAUUUGGCCACGCUAAUUGUGAUAGUAAAUUGUAGUAUUUCAUUUUUAAUACACUUUAAUAACCCUCUCACCCAUUUGCUCCGUUUAUCCAAUAUGACGUACCUAAAUAUCAAUUGAACCCUUGUUAAGAGAACAUCAUUUUAAAAGAAUCAAAACUCUAUGAUGGAUUGAGAAGUUUUAUUUCUGUUUCCUGGUCAUUUAUUGUUGAGGGUUAUAAUGGAAUUGGUGAACUUGAGAGUUUUGUUACUGAAUUAACAAAUUUAUAAGUAUUAGAUCUUACCAUUCCAGAAAACACAUUACCUAUCCAGUCAAAUAUUACAUUAUUUGUUGAAGUUCAAAACUUUGUUUCAUAAAAAAAUGUGUUUAAAGUACAAAUACAAACACAUGCGGGAUAAUAUCCCAGCAUUUUGUAUCAACUCAAACAAUACUAUUAUACAUUUGAACCAAUCAAAAUGACUUUUAUUAUGAAUAAGAAAAAUUGCUUGGACAAUUCAAAUAUUUCACAAGAUAUUUCUUAAUAUUAAAUUUAAUUUUUUGAAAUCUACAAAAAUAACUCUAAAUCUAGAUCUUCAAAUCUCAAUUUUAAUGGAUUAAUUAGUUCUAAUUUAUUAGAACUUAAUAUUGAAAGCUAUUCUUUAAGUGCAUAAACAGCCUAUAAAUUUAACUUUACGAUUUCAGAUUCUUCAGUUUAAUAUGAUUCUUAACGAAUUAUCAAUAUUUAGAUUAAAUCAGGGGGGGUUCUCUGCUUAUUUAAAGGAACAAAAAGGAUGCAAAAUUACUUACAUGAUACAAAUAUCUAUAUCCAAUGCAAAGAUCUCGAUGUCUUAAAUGAUUGGAAUUAAGAUCCAAGUUUAUCAAUUAUGAUCAGUUGUUUAGAGCUAAUUUCACAAGAAGAAUGUAAAGAUUCUAAAAAUUAGAAACUAAAAUAUAACUCUACUGAGACAAGAUAAACAUUUCCAAAAGCAACGAUGGAACCAUACACAAUUUAAUCUUGGAAGGUAAUUGCCUCAAAAAACUCGGUAUCAUAUUCUUAUAAGUUCAAUGUUGUAUAUUUGGAUUAUGAUUUCAAAAUGCUGGAUGUAGAUUAUAAUAGUGGAUAUUUGAUAAGGCCUGUUAAUAAUUAUGAAGAUUUAUAAUUUACUUUUAAUAUUCCAUUUUAGGAAAGAUAAUACCUUUUAGAUUAUUCAAUUGCAUUAAUUUAUGAUUAUCAAUUAAUCUCAAUACUUAAACCCUAAUACUUUUAAUAUUCCUUUCAAUUAUAUGAUUAUUAUUAAAAAUUUAAUAAAGGAAAUAAAUUUCAACUUAAAUUUUUAGUUUAAUUUACAAAUGAUAUUAUUCCUAGCCAAGAAGAUUUGACUUUAUUUUUAAAUUAACCUCCUACUUGUAAUUUGAAAAUGUUGUAAUAGAAUAUAUAAGCCCUCGAAUCCUUGAAGAUGGCAAUUAAUUGCGAAUACUCUGAUGAUUAGCCAUAUUAGUAUUAAAUGAAAGUGUUUCUUUUUAGAGAUGAUUUUGAAGAGUUUAAUAAUAAAUCUUCAGAUAAUUCACUACUUUAUUACGGCUUUUAAAAAUCAAAUCACUUCAUAGUAAAUUUUCCUAGCUCAGAAGUCAAUGUAAUUUUUUAGAUCAUAGAUUAAAGAGGAUCUAUUACUAAUAUCCAUUAGAAUUUCAGUAUCACUAAAACACAAGUAUUAUGCAAUAAUUAAAAACCAGACCAAUUAAAUUUAAAGUAAAAAAUAUCAUGGAUAUUUCAAAUAAUGAUUAAUCAUAAUGAUUAAUCAAAUUGUAUAAAAUUAAAAGAUGAAUUAUAUAAUUCUGUUGAAUAAGUAAUGAAUUCUAAAGUUAUUUAUGAAAAAUUAUUGGCCUAUUAAACUAUUAACCUAUAUAAAAAAUUAAUACUAAAACAGAAGGCUUCAAAUUCUUCAAUCAGAUUGUUGGAAGAAAAAUAAUAAAUUGAAUGCUACAAUAAAGAGUCAUUUCUAUUUACUAUUACUGAUUAAGAAUCAACCAAGAAAAAUAGCAUUAAUAUCUCAUCCUUAAUAGCAAGUUCUUAAAAAGUUGAGUUAUAAAUAGCAGAUUUAAUCAAUUUGAAAAAAAGUAUCGAAAAAGAAAACAAAAACGACAAUCUAAUUGUUGAUACUCAAUAAGUUAUGAUGAUGAAUUGGAGCUCAGUACAAUUGAUUGAUAAUUAGUUGCUAAUUAUUUCACAGAAUUAAAGCUCAACAGAUAAUUAAGAGAAAGUAAUGAAUAUAAUCCUAAACCUUAAUUUAAUUAAUUGA